CUUUUCCUCCUGCUCCUGGCCUUGGAGCACUUCUGCUCCGCUUUGGCCCUCUCCACCUGCAAAACCCUGGACAUGGACAUGAUGAAGCGCAAGCGCAUCGAAGCCAUCCGAGGCCAGAUCCUCAGCAAGCUCAAGCUCUCCAGCCCACCAGAGGUGGAAGACCCAGACUCCAGGGUCUUGUCCGAUGAGAUCAUGGCGCUCUACAACAGCACCUUGGAGGUGAUCCGGGAGCAGGUGGUCGAAGACCCCAAGGAGACAUCUCAGGAGGAGUAUUACGCCAAGGAGAUCCACAGGUUCAACAUGCUGCCUCUAAACCACGGUGCAAAUGGAGUCCAAAGUGCCAAAAACCUUCACCCCGUCAAUUAA